AUGGCGCCUGAAGACAACUCUGAGGCUUUCUCCAAAGAUCCGUUCUCCGGUCUUGAACGAUUCCUGCUCUCGACCGACUGGAGCGAUUUGACCAUCAUCUGCGAAGGGCGUGAACUUCCCGCUCACAAAGUCAUCCUUUGUUCAUACUCCCCGGUGGUCGCGGCUGCUUUGAACAGUAAUCUCAAGGAAGCACGCACAAACACGAUCGAAAUCCAGUUCGAUUUGGCUACAGUGUGCUGUAUGCUUUUCUACAUGUACUCUGGAGACUACGACAUCCAGAAGGGGAAGCUAUCCGCCCUUGGCUUCAAUGCUCCGAAGAAUGAUGCGAAGACGGGCUUAACUCGAGGCUCGACUGACACUACCGAGAUUUCUGAAGGAAGCUCUGUCUUAAAUAGCGUUCAGAUAUGUCGGAACGGAGAUCCAGAGGCUCCAGUGAUCCAAGAAUUACUUGACCACGCGAAAAUGAACAAGAUCGGGGACUAUUACCAAGUACCAGCGCUAGUGAAGAUGUCGAAUUUUAUGAUGGACUCUAUCCUCAAAAGCAGCUGGUCAACAAAGGCGUUCAUUUCGAUCGUGAAUGACCUGUUCGAGUCAACAGGAGAUACUGAAUGGCAGAAAAUGCUCGCAUCACAUGUAGCCGACAAUAUUGUGCAGCUUGGCUCUGAUACAGAAGCUCUGGCACAGGCUAAGGACCUAAGCCCCCUCACCCGCGAGAUUAUAAGUGCUUGUGCAGAUCGAAUCCAGGUGGUCGAGGCCUCUCGAAAGAAGAGUUCCAGUUCCACUGGACUCGGCUCCAGGCGUUUUUAG